UUCUCUGAUUUCCUGUGUUUCCUGCAGGUCAGUGAAGCCAUCCUGGACAACGCUCGGCUGAUGCUGCAGACGGAGAACGUUCAGGCCAACGCCGAGGACUUCAAGGACAGGUAUGAGAACGAGCAGCCGUUCAGGAAGGCCGUGGAGGAGGAGAUCAGCUCUCUGUACAAAGUGAUCGACGACGCCGACCUGACGAAGGUGGAGCUGGAGGAGCAGAUGGAGAACAUGAGAGCUGACCUACGUCACCUGGAGCACAACCACGAGCAGGACGUGCGAGUCCUCUAUAGUCAGAUGGCGGGACGCGAGGUGGACGAACCCGACGCUCCCAUAGAAACCAGUCUGGACCAGAUCCUGACCUACAUCAGGAGCCACUGGGAGAAGGUGACGGAGAGGAACCGAGCCGAGACGGACAGCUACCUGGAGUGUAAGGAGGCGCAGUGUGUGAGCAGCAGACUGAGUCCGGAGGAGGAGCAGGUGGAGGCGCUGAAGGCCGAGUGUAACAACACCGGCUGUAAGAUCCAGAGUCUGCAGGCCGAGACCGAGUCCAUCAGAGCGCUGAGACGAGGUCUGGAGAACUCCCUGGGCGACGCCCGGCACUGGCACGACAUGGAGCUGCAGAACCUGGGCUCGGUGGUGGCCAAGCUGGAGGCGGAGCUCGCCGAUGUGCACGGUGAGAUCGAACAGCAGCGCCGCGACUACGACACGCUGCAGAGCAACAAGCAGCGCCUGGAGCAGGAGAUCGGCGUGUACCACGGCAUCCUGGAUGGAGAAGAGAGCCGCUUCCAGCCCGCAGAGACACCGUGUACAGGUCUGCAUUCAGAGCCCGAGGGAGCGACUGGUGCUUCUGCUGCUCCAGACACCAGAACCGACUCUCCAGGACCUCCAGGACCUCCAGGACAGUGAUCUGAGCAGAUGUUUUGGUGGACUCUGAGGGUGACCCCGUCUCUGCUGGAGGACUUCCCACCUGGUGAUGUGUGCAGGUGUGAAUGAUGCUGAGAACCUGCAGCAGGAAGUCCGGAGUGUGAAUGUGGUGUGGUGUCAGGAGAAGUCGUCAGGACCAGACCUGAACCGGUCCAGACCAGAACCGGUGCAGACUGUAGAGCGUUCUGGUUCUGGGAUCAGUUCUUCUUCUCCUUCUUCUUCAUGAUCACCGUUGAGCUCUGUAACACGGCGAGAGGCCGCUGAAGGCGCCGCUGUGUCCAGGUGCGAUUCUACCCGAAUGCACCGUUAAAUAGUGAUCAACUCAAAGAGGACUGUGGGAUACUGAGGAGUUGACCUUUGACCCCAGGUGUGUUUUACCUGAUGACAUCACAGCCAGUGUCAUGUGAUCAAUGAAGUGUAUUUCCUGUUGUUGCUGAGGUGUUGAAAAUAAAAGCUUUGAAAUGAUGCA